AUGGCGCCUUGUAAGCAAUGGAUGAAACUUGCUGGAGACGAUCGUUUGAAUAAUGAAUAUGAAAUAGGCGUUGAAUCUUUUAUUAAUUAUGCAUUUGGAAAGACGGGUGAAAAAGAGAAGAUCAAAUGUCCAUGUGUUAAAUGCAAAAACUCAUCAUUUGGAUCUCCAAAUAUGGUUAGGGAUCAUUUAUUAACUUUUGGCAUCAUUCAAAGUUAUAAUUUUUGGUAUCAUCACGGGGAAAGGGUGGGUGAGGAUGCAUUUGAGUCACCAACUGUAGGAGAUGAUGAUGGAUUAAUAGAAAGUGAUGGUGAAGAUGAGAUGGAGACACUGCUAAGGGAUUUUUUUCCUAAUAAUUGUGGUUUUGCUGAAAAUGAUAUGCAUGAUGGUUCAUCGAGUACUAGACGUGAAGAUCCUAAUGAUGAAUCAAUGAGAUUCUAUAGAUUAUUUGAUGAUUUUCAGAAACCUUUGUAUGAAGGCUCCAUCUCCUCGACGUUGUCUGCAAUUGUUAAUUUGCUUCACAUUAAAACUCUUGGGAGGUGGAGUAACGAGUCAUUCACUAUGCUUUUGAACUUUUUGAAAACUCAGUUGUUGCAAAAAGAGUCAUCUCUUCCUGAUUGUUUUAAUGAUGCAAAAAAAAUUGUUAAAGAUUUAGGUCUCUCAUAUGAAAAGAUAGAUGCAUGUGUUAAUGAUUGUAUGCUAUUUUGGAAAGAUGAUGAACAAUUAGAACAUUGUAAAGUUUGCAAGGCUGCUAGGUGGAAACAAGGUAAGCAUAGUGGAGAAACUAGAACCAGGGAAAAUGGUAAGAGAAUACCUCAAAAGGUACUUCGAUAUUUUCCACUAAAGCCUAGACUUCAACGUUUGUUUAUGUGUUCAAAGACGGCUUCUGAUAUGAGAUGGCAUAAUGAAAGGCAAGCUGAAAUUGGUGUGCUUAACCACCCUUCUAAUGGGAAAGCAUGGCAAGAUUUUGAUGAAAACCAUCCAUCAUUUUCUUCAGAACCUCGUAAUGUUAGGUUAGGGCUUAUAAGUGAUGGAUUUAACCCGUUUUCUAAUAUUGCAAACCCAUAUAGCAUUUGGCCUGUUAUGUUAGUUCCAUAUAAUUUACCUCCUUGGGUUUGUAUGAAACAAUCUAGCAUGAUGUUGUCAAUGCUUGUACCCGGCCCAAAAGGACCAGGUGAUGCAAUAGAUGUCUAUUUACAGCCUUUGAUAGAAGAGUUGAAAGAGUUAUGGGAAGUGGGCGUUGAAACCUAUGAUGCUUCCAAAUGUGAAAAUUUUAAAAUGCAUGCUGCUUUGCUUACAACAAUUAAUGAUUUUCCUGCUUAUGGCAUUUUAUCUGGAUGGAGUACAAAAGGAAAGCUGGCUUGUCCUUGUUGUCACAAAAAAAACAGCUUAUUUGAGGUUGAAAAAUUGCUGUAA